AUGAGUUUGCUGCUCAAUCCCAAACCUUUCCUGAAUGGAUUAACAGGAAAACCAUUAACGGUGGAACCUAAGUGGGGAAUGGAGUACAAAGGCUACUUGGUAUCUGUAGAUGGCUAUAUGAACAUGCAGCUUGCAAACAUAGAAGAAUACAUAGAUGGAGCAUUGUGUGGACAUUUGGCUGAAGUUUUAAUAAGGCAUAAUAAUGCCCUUUAUAUCAGGGGUGUUAAAGAAGAGGAAGAAGAUGGGGAAAUGAGAGAAUAG